AUGUCUGAAAUUGAUUCCCAGUCCCUCGCCAACUUGGAUGCCUCUGCUCGCAAGGAGAUCAUGGAGUGGAUCGAGUCCGAAAAUUCCAAGGCAAAGGUCCAGACUUCCAUCCACAACUUCACAGACAUGUGCUUCAAGAAGUGCAUCACUAAAAUCAACUCUGGCUCUUUGGAUCGCAAUGAGGAAUCAUGUCUGACCAAUUGCUUGAACAGAUUCCUUGAUACAAACAUCAACAUUGUCAAGAUGAUUCAGCAAACCUCUUCUCAAUAG